AUGCGUGAUGCUCCAAAAUUGGGCCCGAUCAAUGACUGCGCCUUGUACAGGAUUUUGACCCUUUUCGCGGUUGCGGCUCUAAGGAGGUUUCGUCCAUUUAAGGGAAGCGUUCUUAUGUUGACAGAUCGAAUUUGUGUCAAAUACGGACAACAUGUAGACUUAUCAGAGGCAGGUACUAUGUGUUUCAUCUCACAGAACACAUCUAUACCGGUUCCAAAAGUCCUGUGCGCCUUUACGCACCAGCGUUGCACCUACAUUGUGAUGGAAAGAAUCAAAGGGGAAAUGAUUGGUGCCGGCUGGGUUUAUCGGAGUGAGGAGUCGAAGGCAAAGAUUCUUACUCAGUUGCAGAAGAUGGUCCAGGAGAUGCGAACACUCCCACCUCCAGCAGGCAUGGGUGUAGGCUCCGUUGUGGACGGGACUCUCUUUGAUGGCCGCCUGCCGGGCACUUCCCUACGCUUUGGGCCUUUUCCCAGUGUCCAAGAAUUCCACCGACAUUUGCGAGGUGGCAUGGACUUUGACCCCGGACUUGAUCCCGCCAUACAGGAACUGAUCAGACAACAUGAUAGAUCUUUCCCGAUUAAAUUUACCCAUGGCGAUCUUAGUAGCCUCAACAUUCUGGCCCGCGGGGACACUAUUGUUGGAAUUAUUGACUGGGAAACUGCCGGCUGGUAUCCAUCAUACUGGGAAUAUACUACAGCUUGCCAAGUCAACCCCCAAAACUCCUUUUGGAUCAAUGAAAUCGAUAAAUUCAUCACCCCUAUGCCGGACGAACUGGCAAUGGAACGAAUUCGCCAAAAGUUUUUCGGGGAUUAUUGA